CGCCCUUUCCCAACCCAGCCGCCCCGCCCACGCCCCGUGGCCGGGCGCGGGGUGUUUGCGUUUCACCGCGCGCCCUCCAGUCCCUUAGGUGUUCAAGCUCCGCGAGGGAGCCGCUCCUCAGCACCACAGCAGGAGCCGGCGCGUUCCCUGUCGCCUUUCCCUCCCGUCAUGUUCCCGGCGGUGUCCUCCCCGCGGACCCCAGGGCCCGGCGGCCGAAGGGGCCCGCUGGGCGGUGUCGGAGCGGGCUCCACGCCCCGGGCCGCAAGCAGGACGGGCCUGUCCCUGGGGUCCGCGGUCAGCUCCCCGGGGAUCUUCUCGCCGGUCGGCUGGCGUAGUUCGCUGAGCUCGCGAGGAACACCUACACGAACAUUCCCACACCACUCUGUAACUGAGUCCAUGAACUAUGAUGUGAAAACCUUUGGAUCUUCUCUCCCUGUUAAAAUCAUGGAAGCCCUAACAUUGGCUGAAGCUGAUGAUCAGCUGACUGUUCACAUAGAUGAAGGCGGAUGGGCUUGUCUGGUCUGCAAAGAGAAACUCAUUAUUUGGAAGAUUGCUCUGUCACCUAUUACUAAGUUAUCUGUGUGCAAAGAACUUCAGCUGCCACCUAGUGAUUCCCCCUGGAGUGCUGACUUGGUGGCCCUCUCUUAUUCUGCUGUCUCAGGUGAAGCACAUUCUACUCAGGCUGUCGCUGUCAUGGUCGCCACCAGAGGGGGAUCCGUCCGCUACUGGCCAAGCCUUGCUGCUGAAGACACCUACACAGAGACUUCAGUAGAUUUGGGAGGUGAUAAGACUUACAAUUUCCUAACAGCAGUGCAGGGAGGAAGUUUUAUUUUGUCCUCAUUGGGAAGCCCGCUGGUUCGGCUGAUACCUGAAGGUUCAGGGAAGAUCCAUCAGCACGUCCUGCCUCAGGGGCAGGGCAUGCUUUCAGGAAUCAGUCGCAAGGUGUCUUCUCUUCUGGGAAUUUUGUCUCCUAGCACUGAUCUCAUACUUUCCAGUGUCCUUUGGGAUGGAGAGAGAUCAAGCUUUUAUAGUCUGACAAGUUCAAGCAUCAGUAAGUGGGAAUUAGAUGACUAUUCAGAAAAACAAGCACAUAGUUGGGAUAUAAACAGAGUCCUGAAGGAAAACAUUGCUGAUGCCAUUUGGGGAUCUGAGAGUGACUAUGAAGCGAUUAAAGAAGGGGUCAACGUUCGGUACUUGGAUCUGAAGCAGAACUGCGACGGACUCCUGAUUCUGGCAGCAGCAUGGCACCUGGCAGAUAGUCCGUGCCUCGUCUAUUAUUCCCUGAUAACAUUAGAAGAUAACGGCUAUCAAAUGUCAGAUGCAGUAACUGUAGAAGUCACUCAAUAUAAUCCACCUUUUCAGUCUGAAGACUUGAUUAUGUGUCGGUUGAUGGUCCCAAACUUUUCCAACCAGACUGCGUAUCUGUAUACUGAGAGUGCUGUCUGUGUGUGCUCCACAGGGACUGGGAAGUUUUCUCUUCCUCAGGAGAAAAUCGUCUUUAACGCACAAGGAGAUAGUAUUUUAGGAGCUGGUUCCUGUGGCGGCAUUCCUAUCCUUUUUUCUAGAAACAGUGGAUUGGUGUCCAUUACUUCAAGGGAAAAUGUGUCCAUAUUAGCAGAAGAUCUUGAAGAUUCCCUAGCAUCUUCAGUUGCUGGCCCAAGCAAUGAGAAUAUGGUUCUUGAGACCUCUACAAAGAAUGAAACCAUAGCCCAGGAAGAUAAAACCAAAUUGCUAAAAGCUGCUUUUCUGCAAUACUGCAGAAAAGAUUUAGGUCAUGCUCAAAUGAUGGUGGAUGAGCUGUUUUCCUCUUGCUCUGGCUUGGAUUCCGAUUGUGAACUAGACAGAGCAGUUACCCAAAUCAGCGUGGACCUGAUAGAUGACUACCCAGCUUCUGAUCCACGAUGGGCCGAGUCUGUCCCUGAGGAAGCUCCUGGGUUUAGCAACACAUCACUGAUCAUUCUUCACCAGCUCGAAGACAAGAUGAAAGCCCACUCUUUCCUCAUGGACUUCAUUCACCAAAUCGGUGUGUUUGGACGUCUGGGCACGUCCCCUGUGAGGGGGCUGCCGAUGGCGACCCGACUGCUGCUCUGUGAGCACGCGGAAAAGGUGUCGGCCGCUGUUGUUCUCAAGAGCCACCACUCAAGGCUUCCUGGCCUUGUGAACACAGCGAUACUGAUGGCUCUGAACAAGAGGGACCGUGACAUCCCAUCCAGCCUGACCCCUGCAGAUGUCUUUUUUAGAGAGGUAUCCCAGGUAGAUACCAUAUGUGAGUGUUUGCUGGAGCACGAGGAGCAAGUCUUGAAGGACAUGUCAUUGGAGUCAGUUGAAUGGGCUGAAGUGGUGAUUAAUGUGAACAGUAUUCUCAAGGACAUGCUGCAAGCUGCUAGUCAUUAUCGACAAAAUAGGAACUCCUUGUAUAGAAGAGAAGGACCACUAGGAAAAGAACCUGCAUAUAUUCCAUGGACAGCAACGGGUGGUCCUGCUGGCCUCCGAACAGUGGUGCUGCGCCAGCAUGGAAUUGUUCUGAGAGUGGUCUAUCCUCAGGCGGACAGCAGCCUCCGGAACACUCUGACAGAGCAGCUGGUGGCGCUGAUUGAUUGCUUCCUGGACGGUUAUGUUUUGCAGCUUAAGUCUCUGGACAAGUCUUGUGAUAAAGAAAGAUACAACAAUCUGGAAAUGGAAUACCUACAGAAAAGAUCAGAUGUCUUAUCUCCGCUUCUCACACUAGGCCAGUACUCAUGGGCUGCUUCAUUAGCAGAAAAAUACUGUGACUUUGAUAUCUUGGUCCAAAUAUGUGAGCAGACUGACAACCAGACCAGACUCCAGCGCUACAUGACCCAGUUCCAGGACCAUAAUUUUUCAGACUUUCUCUUCCGUUGGUAUAUGGAGAAAGGAAAGCGAGGCAAAUUAUUAUCUCAGCCCAUUUCUCAGCAUGGACAGUUGGCAGAUUUUUUGCAAGCGCAUGAACAUCUCAGUUGGUUACAUGAAAUUAACAGUCAAGAAUUAGAAAAGGUAAGAAGAAUGGGUUAUGUGGAGCAGAUUUUAGACAUGGCUGAGCAGGAGCGCUUUCUGCUGCACCAGGAGACCCUCCCUGAACAGCUGCUUGCCGAGAAACAGCUGAGUCUCAGCGCGAUGCCAGUACUGACCGCACCGCAACUCAUUGGUCUGUAUAUCUGUGAAGAAAACAGAAGAGCCAGUGAGUAUGACUUCAAGAAAGCACUGGACUUGUUGGAGUAUAUUGAUGAGGAGGAAGAUGUAGAUAUAAAUGAUCUAAAACUGGAAAUCCUUUGCAAAGCUCUUCAGAGAGACAACUGGUCCAGUUCAGAUGGUAAAGAUGAUCCAAUUGAAGUAUCUAAAGACAGUAUAUUUGUGAAAAUCUUACAGAAACUUUUAAAAGAUGGCAUUCAGCUCAACGAAUACCUACCAGAGGUGAAAGACCUGCUACAAGCAGAUCAGCUUGGAAGCUUGAAGUCCAAUCCUUACUUUGAGUUUGUCUUGAAAGCAAAUUAUGAAUAUUAUGUCCAGGGACAAAUGUAACUUUUUCUAAAAAUGGUCAUUGUUCUUGAAAAUGUGUGUAAGUGUGUCCUUAUGAAAACUUUAAGCCUUGAACAUCUAGAAGUUUGUACAGUUUUAUUCUAUGUAUUGCUGAGUUUUUUAUACUUUAUUUGGAAGCUACUAUAAAGCAACUAUGACUUGAGUUUUGGUUUUUAAUUAAAUAUUUUCUCUUCUCCUUUU